UAAUACGUUGUCGUUUAACGGUCCUCCUCUGUUCCUUAAAAUUAAAACCACUGAAACUCGAAAAAGCCUCACUCUUACUGAACCCUUUACUUGCCUCCAGUUUUUCCGGCCACCGGCAACGGCGAAACUCCGUUAUUGUAUCUAAAGUCAUGCCUUUGAAUUUCCCUCUCCGAAUACGAUUCUUCGCUCACUCUCUUUCGGGUACACAUCUCUCUUAUAAUACCUCUAGCUCCGUCCCUUUGCUCUUCCGGAUAUUCUCUUCUGGAUUGAAUCACUUUGAAUUUGGGUCUCGCAUAAACUUCUCAACCCGUCCUAACAGAGAUCAACCAGAAUUUGAGCGGCGGAUUCGAGACGGAGGAGAAAUUCGCGCGUCAAAGAGCUUGAUCGAAGACGAGGAAGAGCUCAGCAAUUGGGUAAGCGGUUUUAGAACCGGAUCUUCGCGUGGAAUUCUCAAGAGUGACGAUGAAGAUGAGGAGGAUCGUAGCAGAGGAAGAAACCAAGAGAAGAGAGGAAUUCGCAACCAAGUUGAUUCCUUUAGGAAUAAGCGUUAUGGUGGUGAUAGAGAAAGGGGAUUCAAUAGUCGGAUUCAAGGAAAGAGUAGCGAGGCGUCAUUUCGUGGGAGGAAAGAGACAAGCUUUAGUAGAGAUAGAGAAGACGAGAAGGGUUUAAGGAAACGGGAAGAUCUUCGUCUUGAAGACGAAAGUAGUGAUGAGGAUGUCAAGAGUUUAGUAAUGGGAGAUAUUGGGGAUUUGCUUAGUGAAGAUGAUGAGGAAGAGGACCAAGAUUAUGACUUUCUUAAGAAGAAAGCUGUUUCUGCUUUUGGGUUUGAUAAGGAGAAUGUUAUAGAAGCGGAUAAAACGAGGAAUGCAAAUGAUUCUUAUUUGACUAAGACAAGAUUUGAUCACUAUCCAUUGUCUCCCUUAUCGCUAAAGGCAAUCAAGGAUGCUGGAUACGAGACAAUGACUGUUGUUCAGGAAGCUACUCUCCCUAUAAUUCUCAAAGGCAAGGAUGUCCUAGCUAAGGCCAAAACAGGAACUGGGAAAACUGUAGCGUUUUUGCUUCCAUCAAUUGAAGUAGUUGUCAAAUCUCCUCCUACAAGCCCGGAUAAUAAGCGACCCCCAAUCCUUGCGCUUGUGAUAUGCCCUACUAGAGAACUUGCCAAUCAAGCUGCUACAGAAGCAAACACCUUGCUAAAGUAUCAUCCAUCUAUUGGUGUUCAAGUUGUGAUUGGAGGUACGAGACUUGGUUUAGAGCAAAAGCGUAUGCAAACAAAUCCUUGCCAGAUUUUAGUGGCUACACCUGGAAGGCUCAAAGACCAUAUCGAGAACACGCCAGGCUUUGCAACGAGGUUAAAGGGUGUGAAAGUCCUUGUGCUUGAUGAAGCUGAUCAUCUUUUAGAUAUGGGCUUUCGCAAGGACAUUGAGAGGAUAAUUUCCGCUGUUCCUAAGGAGAGACAAACUUUUCUAUUUUCCGCCACAGUACCUGAAGAGGUACGCCAAAUAUGCCUUGUUGCUCUAAGGCGGGAUCACGAGUUUGUCAAUUGUGUUCAUGAAGGCACUAUAGAGACGCAUCAACAGGUCAGACAAAUGCACAUGAUUGCAUCACUGGACAGACAUUUCUCUCUUCUGUACACACUUCUUCGCGAACACAUUAUGGGUAACGUAGACUAUAAGGUCAUUGUCUUCUGUACAACGGCCAUGGUUACAAAAUUAGUGGCUGAUCUACUUGGUGAGCUAAACUUAAACGUGAGAGAGAUCCAUUCUAGAAAACCGCAGAGUUACAGGACAAGGGUUUCUAACGAGUUCCGAAAAUCCAAGGGUUUGAUUCUCGUAACAUCUGAUGUAUCUGCUCGAGGAGUUGAUUACCCUGAUGUGACCCUUGUUUUACAGGUUGGAUUGCCAAAAGACAGAGAACAAUAUAUACACAGACUUGGUAGAACCGGGCGAAAAGGAAAGGAAGGAGAAGGCAUAUUGUUGUUGGCACCAUGGGAGGAAUACUUUCUAUCAUCUCUUAAAGAUUUACCCAUCACUAAGUCUCCUCUGCCAUCAAUAGACCCAGAAACUGUAAAAAAGGUGCAAAAGGCGCUUUGCCAUGUCGAGAUGAGGAACAAAGAGGCGGCGUAUCAGGCUUGGUUGGGUUACUACAACUCACAGAAGAUGAUUGGAAGAGACAAAGACAGGCUUGUGGAGUUGGCAAACGAGUUUAGUCGUAGUAUGGGACUUGACAAUCCUCCAGCUAUACCAAAACUUAUCCUUGGUAAGAUGGGUCUCAAAAAUGUUCCUGGUCUUAGAGCCAAGUAAAUAUUCCUUCGUUUUUUAUUUUUUGGCUUUGUAAGAAACUCCAAUUUUUUUUGUUAUUCCUUUAAUUUUAAGGUUUCUUGCAGCAAUUCAUCAUCUAAUUAUGUUUAAACAUAUAAGUUCCCAAAUUGUUAAUUAUCUGUAAAUUUCACAA